AUGGGUGGCACCAUGCGGCCCUUCCGCCUCAGUGCGGUGAAGGAUGCGUUCAAGAAGCUGGAGGACAAUGCGAUCGCCAAGAUGGUGGACAUCACACACCUGCAGAAGCUUUUCUGUGCCACGGCGCACCCCAAGGUUCAGGAUGGCUCCAUGUCCAUCGAGGAGGCGCGAGAGGAGUUCUUUCGCCAGUGGGAGCUCGAUCACCCGGAGGGGCGCAUCACUUGGGAGGCCUUUCGGGCCUACUACGACGAUGUCUCCCUGGCCGUGGCAGAUGACCAGAUCUUCGUGGAGCUUGUUCGUAGCUCCUGGAAUUUGUAA